UAUUCGUAUGCUUGUGGUAUCAAUAAAAAAAAAGAAAAGAAAAGCAGCACACUUGUGCUACUACUCUAUGAAUUUCCUUCAGAUAUUUGCAAGAAAUAGAGAUAAUCCAAAUGGCAAAAUGUUCAAGUGGGAGCAGGAAGAGGCUAAAAUUGCACAUGUCAUCUUCACAUCCUGGCCAACUGACCUUGUGCUGGGAGAAAGCCCUCGCCACACCAGCUGUUGCCUUAAGGACAUUGCCCCUGUGGUUUUAGUACAAGGGGAACUCAGCUGUCCUAUCACAAAGCAAACGCUAAUAAAGUUCCAGCCCACAGCAUGCCCAGUCCAAGACAGACUGCAUGUGCUUGUCAUUCAGACUGCUCUGCCGUGUAGGAAAGACUUGUUGAUCUUCAUGCUGUGUGUUUGGACGUGGAUUUUGUAAACCAGACCUUUCCAGGACAUUUUUAAACUGCUGAUAACUUGAUUUUACGAUAUCCGCAGAAAGACGAGUGGCUGACUCUGCAAGAGGCUCGAGGUGACAAGAGCAUGGCUAUGAGUAACGGGAAUGGUGACUUUCUGGUUCACAGCAAUGGCAGCAUCCCAUCCAAUGCUACCGGUCUCAGCACCACCUCCUCCACCGAUGGAGACAUCACCGCCUCCCCCAACCAGCAGUCGCCCAAGGAGGUGCAGCGGACAAAAGUGAGUCAAAAUGGCAGCAUCAAACAAAACGGCACACUUAAACCAUCCUCACUUCCUUCAGACAACCAAAGGCCUCCCCAGUUAAAGCAACAAGCAUUGCCUCAGUGCUGCCAUCGUUGUCCAUUCCAUCACCCUUUAUGUUGCCAUAAUAACCAACAAGACUGUCAUUCAGUGGGUGGCAGUAGCCCUGUAACCUCCCCACUGACUUCUUGUUGCCCGCAUCAGCACCCUGACUAUCCGGCUGUCUGCCAAAACCAUUCGCCUGUCCAUCAAACCACCUGCUGCCUCCAGCCCUCUCCAUCAUUCUGUUUGCAUCACCGCUGGCAAGACCAUUUUCAGCAUCAGCCUGUACAGCCGUGUGUGGCCAGCAUGAGACCUGCAAGACCUUUUAGAUUCCCGAAAAGCUAUGCCGCACUGAUAGCUGACUGGCCGGUAGUGGUUCUGGGAGUAUGUACUGUGCUAAUCGUGCUCUGUGCACUUGUGGGGAUUUUGGUGCCAGACCUUCCUGAAUUUUCUGAUCCAUUGCUGGGCUUUGAACCAAGAGGUACAGCAAUUGGCCAGAGGCUUGUUACAUGGAACAACAUGGUGAAAAAUACAGGGUACAAAGCAACACUAGCAAACUAUCCAUUUAAAUAUGCAGAUGAGCAAGCAAAAAGUUACCGGGAAGACAGGCGGUCAGAUGAUUACCAUGAGCGAGACAAAAGACAGGCUGACUGGAACUUCCACAAGGACAGCUUUUUCUGUGAUGUUCCCGAUGACCGGUAUUCUCGAGUGGUAUUUACCUCAGCAGAAGGGAAGAAUUUGUGGAGUAUCCAAGCUAUUAAAUCAAUGUGCAAUCUAGAUAAUGCAAGGGUUCGAUCUCAUCCACAGUAUCGAAACCUUUGCCAGCGGACCACUAAUGAAUCAUGCUGCCCGAGCUGGACAUUGGGCAACUAUAUUGCUAUUUUAAACAAUAGGUCAUCUUGUCAGAAAAUUACAGAGCGUGAUGUUUCUCAUACUCUGAAAAUACUCAGAUCAUGUGCCAAAUAUUACCACAAUAGUACUUUGGGACCAGACUGCUGGGACAUGGCGACUCGAAAGAAAGAUCAGCUCAAGUGUACAAAUGUGCCUAGGAAAUGUACAAAAUACAAUGCCGUUUACCAGAUUCUCCACUUUGUAGUGGACAAAGACUUCUUGAGUCCAAAGACUGCAGAUUAUGUGAUGCCAGCUUUAAAGUACAGCAUGCUGUUUUCCCCUACCGAAAAGGGAGAAAGCAUGAUGAACAUAUACUUGGACAAUUUCGAAAAUUGGAACUGCUCUGAUGGGAUCACAACCAUCACUGGGAUUGAGUUUGGAAUCAAACAUAACUUAUUUCAAGACUACCUUCUAAUGGAUACUAAGUAUCCUGCCAUCGCAAUCGUCAUUGUUCUUUUAGUCAUGUGCGUGUACACCAAGUCCAUGUUCAUUACCUUGAUGACCAUGUUUGCAAUCAUUAGCUCCCUGAUUGUCUCCUACUUCUUGUACUGCAUCGCCUUUAACUUUGAGUUUUUCCCCUUCAUGAACCUCACAGCGUUGAUCAUCCUUGUUGGGAUCGGUGCAGACGAUGCCUUUGUUCUGUGUGAUGUUUGGAACUACACCAAAUUUGAUAAACCUAAUGCCGAUCUUUCACAGACAGUUAGCAUCACUUUGCAGCAUGCUGCCCUCUCCAUGUUCGUCACCAGUUUUACCACUGCCGCCGCCUUCUAUGCUAACUAUGUCAGUAACAUCACUGCAAUACGGUGCUUUGGUGUAUAUGCUGGUACUGCCAUUUUAGUCAAUUAUAUUCUGAUGGUGACCUGGUUGCCAGCAGUUGUUGUGUUGCAUGAACGUUACCUCCUGAACACAUUUAGCUGCGUCAAGAAACCCCAGCAGCGGGUGUACAACACCAAAAGCUACUGGACCUUGCUGUGCCAAAAGAUUAACAAGUUUAUUUUUACUGUCUCUGAAGCAUCAAGGAUAUUCUUUGAGAAAGUGCUGCCUUGCAUUGUAAUUAAGUUCCGUUACAUAUGGCUGUUUUGGUUCCUUGCCUUCACUGUGGGCGGAGCCUACAUUGUGUGCGUUAACCCAAAAAUGAAGCUGCCUUCACUCGAGCUUUCAGAGUUUCAGGUCUUCAGAUCCUCCCACCCUUUUGAACGGUAUGAUGCUGAAUACAAAAAGCUUUUCAUGUUUGAAAGGGUCCACCAUGGAGAGGAACUGCACAUGCCCAUCACUAUAAUUUGGGGUAUAACUCCAGAAGACAAUGGAGAUCCCCUUAACCCAAAAAACAAAGGCAAACUGACACUAGACAGUGAUUUUAAUAUUGCCAGCCCAGCCUCACAACUUUGGAUUUUGAAUUUUUGCCAGAAACUGAGAAACCAGACCUUUUUUUACCAAACAGAUGAGCAGGACUUCACCAGCUGCUUUAUUGAGACGUUUAAACAGUGGAUGGAAAACCAAGACUGUGAUGAGGCAACUGUUUACCCUUGCUGCAGCCAGUCUAUCUUCCCCUAUAAGCAGGAGGUCUUUGAACUUUGUAUAAAGAGAGCAAUCAUGGAACUUGAAAGGAGUACAGGCUAUCAUCUUGAUAGUAAGACUCCUGGGCCAAGGUUUGAUAUCAACGAUACAAUCAGAGCUGUGGUGCUGGAGUUUCAGAGCACUUACCUCUUCACGUUAGCUUAUGAAAAGAUGCACCAGUUCUACAGAGAGGUCGAUGCUUGGAUCAAAGAAGAGUUGAAAAGUGCGCCUGCUGGUUUGAGUCACGGGUGGUUUGUGAGCAACCUGGAAUUCUAUGACCUACAGGACAGUUUAUCAGAUGGCACUUUGAUUGCUAUGGGGCUGUCUGUGGGGGUUGCCUUUACUGUAAUGCUGCUUACUACCUGGAAUAUUAUAAUAAGUCUCUAUGCUAUUAUAUCCAUUGCUGGAACCAUUUUCGUCACAGUUGGUUCAUUGGUGCUUCUGGGAUGGGAGCUGAAUGUUCUGGAGUCUGUGACUAUAUCUGUUGCUGUAGGCCUGUCAGUGGACUUUGCUGUUCAUUACGGAGUGGCUUACCGCCUUGCACCUGAGCCUGAUCGAGAAGGCAAAGUGGUUUUCUCCUUAAGUCACAUGGGCUCUGCUAUUGCCAUGGCUGCGCUGACGACAUUUGUGGCUGGAGCGAUGAUGAUGCCAUCGACUGUCUUGGCUUACACCCAGCUAGGAACCUUUAUGAUGCUCAUCAUGGUCAUUAGCUGGGCUUUUGCCACAUUUUUCUUUCAGUGCAUGUGCAGAUGUAUUGGACCGCAAGGUACUUGUGGUCAGAUUCCACUGCCGAAAAAAUUGCAAUGUCACGCAUAUUCGCCCCCUACUUCCACAACUUCAGCCACUAGAAGCCAAAGCAAAUUGUGCCAGAUGAACACGUAUCAGUUAGACCCCAGAGAUUCAGACGUGGAACAUGAGCAUUAUGAAUUGGAACCUCUAGCUUCUCACAGUUGCAGGGCAGUGGAAAAAACAACAUCUGAAGAAACACAGGUCUGCACCAGAUUGUAUAAUGGCAGACCCAAGCAUACAUGCACACACAAACCCUACAACAAGAAUGACCUUGAUAAAAGUGGGACCACUGAUCAUGGGUUUCAAUGCUGCUCAGACCCACCCCAUAUGUGCCAAUAUUCUUCUCUUAAUAUGAACUGCAAUUGUGUAGACCCCUAUCAAUGUGUAGGCAUGCAGUGGAAACCCCAUUCAUGCCAGCAGAUUGGAGACUGCUUGUGUUCUCAAUGCAUCCCCCACACUGGAAAAUCUGCAAGAGUUCAAAAUCCAGUGUCCACAUUGGACACGCCGCACCCAGCUUUGGAAUGCCUUAUGCAUCACGUUCAGCAUGCUCACCCCCACCACCACGCCUGUUUGCAAGGAAGAGGGAAAAGACACUCUGCUCCAAACUCUCUACUCAGAAAUUAUUGCGUGCAUUCAGUCCAUCAGCUUCAACAGCAGCUACAACAACAUCAUCACGAAAAUGUGGGUGCUCCAGAACCUCAAUGCUCCCGCUGUGUGGAGGAACACAAGGCAGUUCCGAAAGACACAGUUCUCAGCGCGAAAAAGGUAAAACCAUGUCGUGGUGUAGCUGCUUCUCAGAACAGCAUGUGCCAAAACCAAAAAGAAUGUGGUGGUAGUGGAGAAAACAAUGACUUAUUAGAGGCAGAUAAAACCAUCAGCCAGAAUACAGACAAUUGUGAUUUGGAGCAAAAAGACCAUAGCGAAAAUAAACCUGGUGGUCCUGACUUGUCACAGAAAAUGCUAGUAAACGAAGAGGAACAUGUAAAAGAAGCUGAUCACAAUAGAAAGCAAAACAGUCCUCAGAGUACAGAAACUGCACCUGUACCUUGCUCUGAAAAAUCCCAGUGCUUUAACAGAACUUUAAAAGUUAAGUGCAAUUCUCGUAUGCCAAAAGCUGAAGCCAAGGUGCCUGCUGUAUCAACAAAUUCACAACCAUCUUCUGAAAGUUUAUGUUAAUAAAAGCACUAUACAUAUUAUUUAAGAGCAAUGUCCCUUUUCAAUUCAUGCUUGGCAAUUUCAGUGGCCAAUUUUGUAACAAUGUUUUUCUUAAAAAAGAAAAACACACCUUUAAUGUCAGACAUUUAUGGGAAGUUUGGAGAAAUUAAAAUAUAGUGAUAUGCUGUUUUUGUAAAUUUUGAAGUUGGUCAGUGUAAUUUACAAACAUAUUUUUUAAAAGGGGAUACUAGGUCAACUAAACUUCAUUUUUAUAUUAUGUUGUAUGUUCAAUAGACUGCUUUAUGAAAGUAAUGAGUGGUUGUUUUAAAAGAGUCAUUGCCUCUAAUACUGUCCGUUUAUCUAGGAAACAGUAAUGCUGGAAAUGGUUUUCUCCCACAGUGUAUUUUCAAAGGGUAAACAACAAAAUGCUUACUAUUUAUUCAGAAUCCCCACCAUGCUGAAUCCCCCCAAAAAAGUUACAUUGAAAAGGCUAAAAGGCUCAUCUUUUUAUUUUAUUUCCACUUUUUAUUUCCACUUUACUUUGGGGAUCACACAUCCAAGGAUAAUUCGAUUGACCUGUGAAUGUACAGUAGGAAAUUUAAUUGGGAAUACAUUUGUUAAAAACCUGAUGCUAAUGGCUUUCAACAGAUCCAGGAAAGCAGUACAUUUUAGUAUUAGGGAUGCCAGUACAUUUAUGAAACAACAAAAACAUAUAUGUAUGAUGUUUUUUCUAAUUUGCUACCAUGUAUUCUAUAGGAAGCAUAUUGCACCUAUGUUACGCAUUUAACAGGCUGACCAGUUUAGCGUAAUUUUCUUUUUUGGUAUUGGAAGUAUAUAUAUGUUAUGUUGUGUGUAUAAGCAUACAUAAUUAAAUGUUCACAAUGCUAAAAUGUUAAAGUAACCUGGAUGUGGUUAACCAUUAUGUAUUUCAGUUCCCUUCCCCCUUGUAUUGCUGUCAGUGCAAGAUUGAUUGCACAUUUUAUAAAAGAAAUGUAGGGUGGCUCCUGGCACAAUCAGUUUUUGAAAUUAAGUCUAGUUGUGAAAAAAAUAUUUUCCAAAAAAGGGAAUCCAUAAGCUUAUGACUUUGAAUGUAGUUAAGUUGUUUAAAAAGGCAUAUUUUUCUUUAGGUGUUUUGACAAACUUAAAAAUAACCAAAAGAUUGUAAUAAAAUGUAUUGUUCAUUGCAA